UUCUGCAACCAAACACGCCCUAAAAGUUUUUCCCCUUAUUCUGGAGUAGGUUUAGCCUUCGCCCUCUCGGAUCUUCUCGGCGCCAAACUUGAAAUCAGAGGUGAAGGGAUGGGUAGCCAAAACCCAACUAUCGGCGAUCGCUCAAGAACAUAUUGGACACCAACAAUGGAACGCUAUUUCAUUGACCUUAUGCUAGACCAGAUGCAUAGAGGCAAUAAGAUUGGUCAUACAUUCAACAAACAAGCAUGGACAGAUAUGCUUACAUUGUUCAAUGCAAAAUUUGGAUCUCAAUAUGAUAAGGAUGUCUUGAAAAGUCGAUACACAAAUUUGUGGAAGCAAUUUAAUGAUAUAAAGAUUUUGCUUGAGCAGAGUGGGUUUGCUUGGGAUGAAACCCGGCAAAUGGUAAUAGCUGAAGAUUAUGUCUGGGAUGCAUAUACCAAGAUACAUCCCGAUGCACGGUCCUACAAAACCAAAACUGUGUUGAACUACAACGAUUUGUGCAUGAUAUAUGGAUACACUGCUGCUGAUGGUAGAUAUAGUCGUUCAAGCCAUGAUGUAGACAUUGACGAUGAUGUCUCAUCUAUGAAGAUUGGUGGAAGUGCCCAUGCCUCUACAAGUAUAGACCGUCCAAGGACAGACUGGACACCAUCAAUGGAUCGUUAUUUUAUUGAUCUCAUGCUUGACCAAUUGCAAAGAGGGAACAAGAUUGAUCAUACAUUUAGUAAACAAGCAUGGACAGAUAUGGUUAUAUUGUUCAAUGAGAAGUUCAGUUCUCAAUAUGGUAAAAGGGUUCUGAGACAUAGGUACAAGAAAUUGUGGAAGUACUGCAGUGACAUCACAGUUCUUCUUGAGCAGAAUGGGUUUAGCUGGGAUGAUACACAACAUAGGGUAACUGCUGCCGAUGAUAUCUGGGAUGUUUACAUCAAGGGACAUCCACAUGCUCGCUCAUAUAGAACAAGAACCUUUCCAAACUAUAAUGAUUUGUGCAUUAUACAUGGAAAUUCAACUGCUGGAGGAAAACACAAUCAGUUGGGUCAAGAUAAACACCUUGAAGAUGAUGUUCUAGCAGCAAAAACUGGGGAAGGAAUAGAGAGCCAAACCCCUAUUAGUAAUGAUCGUUCAAGGACAUAUUGGACACCCCCAAUGGACCGUUAUUUUAUUGAACUAUUGCUAGACCAGGUCCACAGAGGAAAUAAGAUUGGUCAUACGUUUAUUAGCCAAGCAUGGAUAGAUAUGGUCACAUUGUUCAAUGCAAAAUUUGGAUCUCGUCAUGAUAAAGAUGUUCUGAAAAACAGAUACAAACAUCUAAGGAGGCAAUACAAUGAUAUAAACAUACUUCUUGAGCAAAGUGGAUUUUCCUGGGAUGAAACCAGGCAAAUGGUAACUGCAGAUGAUCAUGUUUGGGAUGCUUAUAUCAAGGCACACCCUGAUGCUCGAUCAUACAGAAUAAAAACAGUGCCAAGUUAUAACAAUUUGUGCCUGAUAUAUGGAAAAGAAAGUGUGGAUGGAAGAUACAGCCGUUUGGCUCGUAACACAGAUCUUGAGGAUGAAAACCCAGGAAAGAAGAUUGGUGGAGAAGAAAGGUAUAUCCAAGCAGUUGUUGGUAGUGACCGCUCAAGGACAGAUUGGACACCAUCAAUGGACCGUUAUUUCAUUGAUCUUAUGCUAGAGCAGGUACAUAAAGGCAACAAGAUUGAUCAUACAUUCACCAAACAAGCAUGGAUUGAUAUGACUGAUUUGUUCAAUGAAAAAUUCGGAUCACAACAUGAUAAAGAUGUUUUGAGAAGCCGCUAUAAAAAUUUGAGGAAGCAAUACAAUGAUAUGAAGAUCCUCCUUGACCAAGGUGGCUUUGCUUGGGAUGAGACACGACAAAUGAUUACUGCUAAUGAUGAUGUCUGGGAUGCUUAUAUUAAGGAACAUCCUGAUGCACGAUCAUACAGAACGAAGACCAAACCGAACUAUAGUGAUUUGUGCAUUAUAUAUGGAAAAUCAUCUACUGAUGGAAGGCAAAAGCAUCCAGGACACAUUAUGGAUGCUGAUGAUGAUGCCCCAGGAGUAAGGAGUGGACAUUAUAAUGAAUCCCUUACAAGUAGUGAUCGUUCAAGGACAGACUGGACACCGCCAAUGGACCGUUAUUUUAUUGACAUUAUGCUAGAGCAGGUGCAUAGAGGGAAUAUGAUUGAUCAUAAAUUCAGUAAGCAAGCAUGGAAUGAUAUGAUCACAUUGUUCAAUGCAAAAUUUGGUUCUUAUCAUGACAAAGAUGUUUUGAGAAGUCGCUACAAAAAUUUGAGGAAGCGAUACAAUGACAUGAGAAUUCUUCUUGACCAUACUGGGUUUGCCUGGGAUGAAUCACGACAGAUGGUAAUAGCUGAUGAUAACACUUGGGAUGCUUAUAUCAAGGCACAUCCUGAUGCACGAUCAUACAGAACUAAAACCAUGCCAAACUAUAGUGAUCUAUGCCUGAUAUAUGGAAGGGCAAAUGUUGAUGGAGGGAACAGUCUUUCAGGUCAUGAUAUAGAUGCUGAUGAUGACAUCCUAGGAGUAAAUAUUGGAGGACUGGAUCAGCAGGCUCCAUCUAGCAGUGAUCUUUCAAGUACAGAUUGGACAUCGGAGAUGGACCAUUAUUUCAUUGAACUUAUGCUGGACCAAGUGCAUGGAGGGAAUCAAGUUGAUCAUACCUUCAAUGAACAAGCAUGGAGACACAUGCUUGCAAUGUUCAAUGCAAAAUUUGAGUCUCACUAUGACAAAGAUGUUUUGGAAAAUCGGUAUAGAAACUUGAAGAAGCAAUACAAUGAUAUAAAGAUUCUUCUGAACCAGAGUGGGUUUUCUUGGGAUAUUGCACAACAAAUGAUAACAGCUGAUGAUGACAUCUGGAAUAUUUACCUCAAGGAACACCCAGAUGCACCAUCAUAUAAAGCUCAAAUCUUGGCAAACUAUAAUGACUUGUCUGCUAUAUGUGGAAAUGAAACCACUGAUGAAAGAGACAACCAUUCAUGUCAAGAUGUAGACUUUAGUCAAGACAUUUUACAAAUGAAUGGUGAAAGUUUUGAGAGUUUGCAAUCUCCAGUUAUGUCUACUUUCCCAAGAGAUUUGGUUGAUAAUGUACAGGAGUUAUCAAAUUCAGGGAGGGAAAUGGAAAUGUCUGACCAACAUAAUAAGCGUCAACUUGUGAUACAAUCAGUUUCUCAACAUUCUAGGAAAGUACAUAGAACUAGUGAAGGAGUUCUGGAUGUUAUUUCUGAGAUGACAGGUUUAGUCACAUCCUUCACAAAUAAGAAAGAAAAUGUUUCCAUUGAAAAUGUGAUUGCCGCACUUCAAGCUGUACCAGACAUAGAUGAUGACCUCUUAUUGGAUGCUUGUGACCUUUUGGAGGAUGAGAAAAAGGCAAAGACCUUUUUGGCCUUGGAUGUAACUCUAAGAAAGAAGUGGUUACUGAGAAAACUUCGUCCCUAGAAGUGCUUGGGGGUUUAGAACCCUCAAAUUGACGUUGAGCCACAGAAAAUGCUGAUAGUACCCCACAACCCAAUAGCUGAGAUGGUCACUUGGUGUCCUUUCAAGUAUAGAGGUGCAGGAUAAAGUCCAUAUUAUUUGCAGGCUCCCCGUGGUAAAGGUCAGUUGAUCUCAUGUACAUCCUGUUUUGUUUUUAUCUUUUUUUUUUUUUUUACCCCAAACUUCAUCCCGUUGGAGGGGCAACCAGCGUGGAAUUUUGUUGCUAAAAAUCUGAAAUUGAGAAAAACCUAGGGGGACCUCAAAAGCCUUGCCACUUUAGAAUAACCAUACAAGAUGAUCUCCAGCCCUGUUUCAAAGACUGCAAACAUGAUAUAUGACAACUUUUUAUGGCCAAUUGGCCAUAUAUGAACCCUUGCAGUUAAAAAAAAUAUGGACUGUCAUUUUACAACUUUAAAUGGCCAAUAUAGCUUUUCACCUUUUUAAGGCUCCCCUUUGGGAAGAGUACAAAAACAAAUAUUUAUUGUACAAUAAAUACAAUAUACA